AUGAGCGGAAGAAGAGAGCGCGGAGGAUCAGCGGCGAGGGAGGAGGUACCACGUCCCGCAGGGGACAACCUGAUCGCGGCCGGGGCACAGUGGUUGCCGUGCCUGACCCUGUUACAGGUACUGGCAACCAUAAUUAGGCUCCCGGACCGCGAACGCGUGGCCGGGUAUAUCCGGAAGAGCUGGCUGUAUCUGGCCAGGUUUGACGUCAGACGAUUUGGACCUCAGCAUUACGUCGACCUGGUCGAGGUGGGUCUAAGCAGCCCCCUCACGAUACACGCCAUCUGCCGGAUGAGCAACAUCCAGUUGAUGGUCCACCAAGGCGGCUUCGGUGGGCCAUCCCACGUCUUCGGCGUAUCCGGUCCAAUCUACCAGGCUAUCAAAAAGGCGACCGGAUACGUCGCGAUGAUAUGCCCUGGCGCCGAAACAUUCACUGACGCAGACAUGGAAGAAUUUCAACCCUUCUCGGCGCCAGUGGCCGCCUCAUCCGGCCCGGUUACCCGGCCAACGCGAACGCCGCAGCUAAGAAUACCCCAUGAGGAAAGGCAGCCCGCCACGAAAUCCCAGCCCCACUUCCGGCUGCAGGACAUCUCAACCCUGCAGCCGGAUCAUGCAGCCGAGCUGGCGGCACCAGCAACACAACCAUACAAGACUGCCGCCUGCCCGGCUGCACCAGGCCGACGACGGGUUUCAAAACCGUCUCGGCCUGGAAGCUCCACGUGCGCAGGGCUUCCUGUCACAAUAAUGAAACCCUGUGCACGUGGUGCGGAUACCGCGUGCUCGUCCCGGCGCACCUUUCCGCCGACGCAGUACAAACACACAUGGAUGCCCAUCGAAAGGAAAGGGGAGCGAAUCCCGACCACCUUUGAAAGGUCGGGAUUCGGCGGAUCAUCGGUUCUGGAGGACGACAGCAGGAUUCGACUCGACACGUCUGCCCCACCAGCAAAAACGGUUUGCUUUUAG